CAGUUGAGCUUUAAUACCCGAGACAGUCAGCACCAAUCAUGGGGAAGAUUUUGUAUUUCUGCGUAUUAGCAGCGUUCGUUCCAUUUUCGUAUGGAAAUAACGAAGCUGACACGGAAUAUCCACCAGUGGCUAGUGACAAUGCAAAAAUGAGAACCGAAAUUCGUAAGUCAAUCUUUGGUGACUAUGACAAAGUCAACAUACCCGAUAGCCCAAACGUAAAAUUCGGAUUGACAAUUACUAACAUCGAUGUGGAUGAAGAAAAACAAACACUCGAAGCAGACAUCUUGUUGAAAAUGGUCUGGACUGACGAUCGCCUAAAGUGGGACAGUGCGACGACCGGUGUAGACGCUCUUCGCGUCGGAUCCGAUGAAAUUUGGAAACCAGACAUCACCCUAUACAACAGUGCAAAUCCUGGUGAGAUGAUGACCUGUACGAACACAAUGGCAUUGGUUUUCUCGAAUGGAAUGGGAUCGUUGGUAUCGCCGUGUCGCAUCACUAUUGUAAUAUAACACUGGAAGAACAUC